CCGCGAUUAUUCUUGCUCUAUUUCCCCUACAUGAUUAAGAAAAAAAUUAAUCUGUCAAUCCACUGACUCCUUCGGGACUUGAUGACUCCAAUUUUUGUAUUCACACUAUGAUCUCAACCUCCAAUAUCUCUCACAUCCCGCUACUCCUCCACGGCUACCUCAGCUAACGCCUCGCCAAAAGCAGUCCCAAUGGCGCCGGAUCCCACUCCGGUCACCGAACCGUUCCCCAUCUCGCAUAUCGCAGGCCGCUAUCUCCUGUUCGACAUCAACGCCAUCAGCCACGCGCGCCGGCACCAUAACAUCUGCGGCGUGCUCAUCGGCACGCUCCCCAAUCUCAGCCAGCAAAAUGUCUUCCUCGGCAUCCCACUCGAGCUUAUGCCCGAGGAGGCGCGCGUCCUGGUAGAACGGGGCCAUGCGUAUAUCGUGGAUGACGUGCGGGCGCACAGGAAGGGGUGCUUGGAGAUGAGUAGGGAUGAGAGGCUGAAGUAUUUGAGGGAGAUGGAUAGGCAGGGGCUAGAGUUUGCGAAGGGGGUGAGGGAGAAGGCGGAGGAGAGAGCUGAGCGGGCAUUGAGGGAAAAGGGAUUGGUGGGGAGGAGGGGCAAGGAGGAGAGUGAGGCUCCGCAAGAAAGUGCUGAUGCUGAGGGGGUAUCUACCUCUAACUCGCUGUUGGAUUCCACGCCGUCUACGUCCCCCUCUGUCGCUGUGCCCGAGAAGAAGCUCGAACCACAUUUCAUCACGCCAACAACCUCCUACCCACCGCUUUCUCCACCCUCAACAGACGCCGCACUCCCUCUUCCAUCCGUCCCCAAGAGCUACCCACUCUUCCGCUAUCUUAACUCGCGCGGCUACUUCGCGAUGCCCGGUCUGCGCUUCGGCUGCAACUACUCCGUCUAUCCGGGUGACCCACUCCGCUUCCACAGCCACUUUCUAGCAACAGGCCUCGAUUGGGACGAAGAGUUCGAGCUUCUCGACAUCGUUGGAGGAGGAAGGCUGGGCACAGGCGUGAAGAAGGCCUAUCUUAUUGGCGGGGAAGAUCCGGAGGCAACGCCUGCUGAAGAAGAGGAGCAGGACGGUGCUUCUGCGAAGCCGGUGCGAGCAUUCUCCAUCGAAUGGGCAGGCUUUUGAGAUGAUCCACUGUGCCAGCACAAUUAGAAGCCUAAGGAUCUUCAGCUGCCUAUUCCAACGCAGAAUUUUUUCUGCUAGAGGCCCUCACGUGCUUCAACCCCUACCUCGACCUGUUCCCUCGCAUACAUUGGGCGCGCUUUUUCAGGUGCAAGACAUAUAAUCACAUUAGCAAUCCACAAAUUGACAAGAAACGGCUCCAGCCCAACUGCUUGGCAAGAGAUAAAUGAAGACCGAGUGCCACCAACAUUGAAUUUAUAUCUACAUACAUCGCUUUGAUUUCGUACACCGAUAUCUUUGCAAGGACCUAAUGCAAAACCAAGGCAUGCAUCCAUUUCAAAAGUUAUGGGAAUCUGCAAAACACGCCAUAAGCAGAAAGAAGCUCGGUUGUACCUCAUAUGGACUACCAAGACAUGUAUAUAU